CAAAGAAGAAGCAGUGCGCACGCCAACGGUCGCAAGUACUUCCGGCGGGUCAGCUUCGCCUUUUCGAGAAGUUAUUAUUUUCCAGCAGACUUUUCCUCAAAAAUAAAACACAAAGCCAUCUCUCGAGCAGAAAGACAACGUCCAGCAGAAUGUUUUAACACAAACAAGAGAUUGCGAAAAGGAGUUGUAAAUCCAAUAGACUUUGUGCACCGCACAGGACUGUGCUCGAGAGAGAGGAAGCAGUAUUCAACCAUCUUUCCUCUGCUGGCAAUAACAAGAACGGAGAAGAGGGUCCAAGUGGGGGCUACACUUCUCCAUUUAUCCUCAUUUCUCCUUAUUCAAACACGGAGUCGUGAGGUUGGACUUUCCCCGACCGAGACCGAGGAAUAUAAAGCAUCCACUCUCGGGAUCGUAGCAUUAGUAGACUAGCUAUUUGAUUUAGAAUUUCUUUUUUAAUGUUUCCAACAGGUUUACCUUCCCCUAAUGCCCCACCGCCAGCCCAAGAGCCCAGACCGGCAGCUUCUGAUGUUCACAUCGACAGUAGCUUAACAUCUUCUAAAAAGAGGAAAAUAAACAGUUCCGAUAAGGAGGACAUUGAUUCAAUAGCUUUGUCUCCUAAAGCCAUUUGCAAUUCCUCCUCCACAACCACCACGUCCUGCUCUCCCACUUCUGCACAGCAGCACAUCCAGAAGAAGUUGAGGUUCGAGGACCCGGUGGAUUUGAUCGGACUGGAUGUGAAGAUGGCCGAAGAGUCGUGUAUCCCCGCUGCAUCGUGUUCAAAAGCGAAAAACUCGUUUCUGUCCGGAGGUGUAGAUCAUCACUCGAACGGACUGACCAAGUCUGCGGGCUCCGCCACCUUCUCUAAUAAUAAACCCGGUGCUGCAAAAAAACUUGUUAUCAAGAACUUUAAAGAAAAGCCAAAAUUACCAGAGAACUACACAAAUGAGACCUGGCAGAAGCUGAAGGAGGCAGUGGAGGCCAUACAGAACAGCACUUCAAUAAAGUACAAUCUAGAGGAGCUCUAUCAGGCUGUUGAAAACCUGUGCUCUCAUAAGAUAUCUGCCAAGCUCUAUAAACAGCUCAGAGUGGUCUGUGAAGACCAUAUCAAGGCACAGAUUGACCAGUUCAGAGAGGAUGCCCUAGACAGUGUACUAUUCCUGAAGAAAAUAGACAAAUGUUGGCAAGAUCACUGCAGACAAAUGAUCAUGAUUAGGAGUAUAUUUUUGUUUUUGGAUCGCACAUAUGUUUUACAAAAUUCAAUGCUGCCAUCAAUCUGGGACAUGGGUUUGGAGUUGUUUCGUUUUUAUAUCAUCAGCGACCUGAAGGUGCAAAGUAAGACAAUUGAUGGAAUCCUGCUUCUUAUUGAAAGGGAGCGGAGCGGGGAGGCUGUAGACCGCAGUCUCUUGAGGAGUCUACUGAGCAUGCUCUCAGAUCUGCAGAUUUAUCAGGAUUCAUUUGAGCAGCGCUUUCUGGAGGAGACAAAUCGGCUGUAUGCUGCGGAGGGCCAGAGGCUCAUGCAGGAGAGAGAGGUGCCACAGUAUCUUCAUCAUGUCAAUAAACGGCUGGAAGAGGAGGCAGACAGAGUUAUUACAUACUUGGACCAGAGCACACAAAAACCCCUUAUUGCCACAGUAGAAAAGCAACUGCUUGGAGAACACCUCACUGCAAUACUUCAGAAAGGUUUGAAUAACCUGCUGGAUGAGAACCGUAUUCAGGAUCUGUCUCUGCUGUAUCAGCUCUUUAGUCGUGUGAGGGGGGGCGUGCAAGUUCUGUUGCAGCAUUGGAUCGAGUACAUCAAGGCCUUUGGAAGCACAAUUGUCAUCAACCCUGAGAAAGACAAGACAAUGGUUCAGGAGCUUCUGGAUUUCAAGGAUAAAGUCGAUCACAUCAUUGACAUAUGUUUCAUGAAGAAUGAGAAGUUUGUAAAUGGUAUGAAGGAGGCCUUUGAGACUUUCAUCAACAAACGGCCCAACAAACCUGCAGAGCUCAUAGCAAAAUAUGUGGAUUCAAAGCUACGUGCAGGAAACAAGGAAGCAACUGAUGAGGAACUUGAGAAAAUGUUAGACAAGAUAAUGAUCAUUUUCAGGUUUAUUUAUGGCAAAGAUGUUUUUGAGGCCUUCUACAAGAAAGACCUUGCAAAGAGGUUACUGGUUGGAAAGAGUGCCUCUGUAGAUGCAGAGAAAUCAAUGCUGUCAAAACUGAAACAUGAAUGUGGAGCUGCAUUUACCAGUAAACUGGAAGGAAUGUUCAAAGACAUGGAGCUUUCAAAAGACAUAAUGGUGCAGUUCAAACAGCACAUCCAAUGCCAAAAUAUUCCCGGAAACAUCGAGCUGACUGUGAACAUUCUCACUAUGGGUUAUUGGCCAACUUACAUCCCCAUGGAAGUACAUCUGCCUCCAGAGAUGGUUAGAUUACAGGAGAUUUUCAAGACGUUUUACCUGGGCAAACACAGUGGGCGGAAACUACAGUGGCAAUCAACAUUAGGACAUUGUGUGCUAAAGGCUGAAUUCAAAGAAGGCAAAAAAGAGCUGCAGGUGUCACUGUUUCAGACAUUAGUUCUGCUAAUGUUUAAUGAAGGGGAGGAGUUUUCUCUGGAGGACAUCAAACUGGCUACAGGCAUAGAGGACGGUGAGCUUAGGCGGACUCUGCAGUCUCUGGCCUGUGGAAAGGCACGUGUCCUUACCAAAACUCCAAAGAGCAAAGACGUGGAAGAUGGAGACAAGUUCUCAUGUAAUGAUGAUUUCAAACACAAACUCUUCAGGAUUAAGAUCAACCAGAUCCAGAUGAAAGAGACGGUGGAAGAACAAGCCAGCACUACUGAGAGAGUAUUUCAAGACCGUCAGUACCAAAUCGAUGCUGCCAUUGUUCGAAUCAUGAAAAUGAGGAAGACUCUAAGCCAUAAUCUUCUGGUUUCUGAGGUGUACAACCAACUCAAAUUUCCAGUCAAGCCUGCUGAUCUGAAGAAGAGGAUAGAGUCACUAAUUGACAGGGACUACAUGGAAAGGGAUAAGGAGAAUCCAAAUCAAUACAACUAUGUGGCUUAGAGAGCGAGAGAAUAAAAGGGGUAGAUUAGGGAUGGAAGAAAUGACAGGAGGAGGCUGUUCUCAGUGACGUUGUUUACUUCCCUUUGCACAUGGAACAUCUUGUUCCAGUUUUUGUUCACUUUACCAUCUUCACCCCACUGACCAACAACUGAAUCAGUUUUCUCUUCAUGGCUUUGUCAGGGUGUCUCCCCCCCCCCUUAGAAUGUCAUGUCUGAUUUAUAAAAAACAAAAUGAUACAAAAUGAUUUUGUUAAAAUGCUUCUAAACAAAAAUUUGACUAACUUGAGUGUACAAGGCAACUAUUAGAAAAGAAAUGUAUUUAUUUUCAGACAUGAUUCAGUGGCUUUUUUUUUUUUUGGCCUUUGCCAUGUUUUUCCCCCGUCGUUUAUCACAUGCAAAUGUCACCUAGCAUAUUGGUGUAUUGCCUGUACAAAGAAAACCAGAACCAGAUUGAUCAAAGUCAGUGUUAUAUUAGGUACCAGUGUAUGAACGUUGAAAGUAGGAUUUCCUUUGCCAAUGUUUGAUAAAUUUGUACAAUGAAAAGAAGAUUCAGCUGGUUGGUCACAAGCAAUUUAUGUUCUGUGAAUGUGAUUUAUUGCUAAAUAGAACAAUUGAGACUAAUUGGAAAUGUCACAUAUUGUGCCAAGAUUAGAUAAACCAAGCACUUGUUUUGUUGUAGAAAUGUUAACGCUGCUAAACACUAACUUGUACAUCUUCCUUUUCCCUCCCUGCUUAUACCUUUUCAUAUUUCCUCUUUAUUUUGUAAAUACAUUUUACACACAACUUAAAAUUUCAUGUUUGACACUUGUCAACUACAUUGCAACCGAAUUGUUUCUCCAGAAAAUUCAAACAAGCACCGUUUUAUCCACCUAGUGUUUCCACAUUUAUAUAUAUAUAUAUUCCUUAUGUUCUCAAUUAGGCUUAUAUACUGAGAAACUCCUCUUUGUGGCAUCACUGGAUCUGUGGAUUUUUGGCAGUGGUGUUUUGAGAAAUCAUACUUAAGUGGACAGAUGUCCAGUGUCUGGAAAAAGUAUGCCUGUUUUUAUUGCCUCAGAAUAAACAACUGUAUGUGUUUCCAU